UGACGUACCAGCUUGUCGAAUAAGGAAGAACAUUUAAGACUCACAACCUUCGGAAAACUUGCGGAAAAGGACUCUCUCUUGCGAAUCUUGCAUUUACAGGAUCUGCAUAGUCAAAAAAAAAGUUCAACUGUAUUUUUUACCUGUGUUUCUCUGUCAAGGGGUGAGCCAUGUCCUCCUCAGGCUGUCAGAAGAACUUUCUGCGCCAGUUUGCCUUCAGCUGCGUAGCAGUGCUGUUUUUUAUAAUCCUUUUUUUUACAUACUACAAGCUUGAAAUCAAGUUUCCUUCUCUUAGUAGUUUCAUGCAGAAAGACAGUCAUUCUUGUCCAAUAGUUCUGUGUGCAGGGGAAGCACAAACCCAAGACUCAAUCCCAAACUGUUCCUUGGAGCACAACAUCAACCCACCUCACAAUGACACCCAGAAGAGCCAGGCUGCAGCAGUGGAUGCUGAGACUGACACUGUUCUGUUGAUCUGGAUGUGGCCAUUUGGCCACAAAUAUGAUCUAAGCUGCAGUGCAUUCGAUAUCACAAGAUGCCACUUGACAGAUGACAAGUCUCUUUACCAUGUAGCCCAUGGGGUUCUCUUCCACCACAGGGACAUGAAUGGAAAUCUACAACACUUGCCCAAAGCACCACGUCCCUGGUUUCAGAAAUGGGUGUGGUUUAAUAUGGAGUCACCUGCAAACUCAGCUCCAAUCCCUAAACUCAAUCACCUAUUCAACUUGACGUGCAAUUAUCGCCUCGAUUCAAACAUUCCUGUGCCUUAUGGGCAUUUGGUGCCACUAACAUCUGCAGACAAGAGAUUUGAACUGCCAGCAAAAAACAAGUUGGUCUGCUGGAUUGUGAGCAACUGGAAUGAGCGGUCCAAAAGAGUUCAAUUCUACAAUGAACUGAAAAAACAUAUCCAGAUUAAUUCUUAUGGGAAGGCUUUUGGCCAAACUCUAAGUGAUGAAGACUAUUUGAAGAUAGUACCUAGUUGUAAAUUCUAUCUCUCCUUUGAAAACUCUGUUUACAAAGACUACAUUACAGAGAAGCUAUACAGGCCUAUGAGGCUAGGAAGUGUACCAGUAGUUCUGGGGUCUUCAAGACAAAAUUAUGAGGAUCAUAUCCCAGCUGAUUCUUUCAUUCAUGUCGACGACUUUUCCACUGCACAGGAGCUAGCAAAGAGGCUUCUUUAUCUUGACCAGAAUAAUUCUGAAUAUAUGAAAUACUUUGACUGGACAAACAAGUUUAAAGUUAAAAUGUCUUGGUUUGGCAGAGAACACGCCUGCAGAACGUGUAGUUACUUACAAAGAAAGAGAGGAUACCAAGCUUUUCAUGAUCUUAACAAAUGGUAUUGGGGUUAACAGUACAAAAAGCAUUGCUAAAUUACAUUGGAGUGUGGGACACUGACAAGAAUGGGCUAAAAGUAAUAGACUUCAAUGGUUCAAUCAGAAUUUUCUACAUUUUCUUCAGAAAAAAAGUAUGCCAUGAGAAUAACUUGUAUAUAUUGUGGAUUUGAUUUAUUUCUUUGCUGGAGGUGUAAUAAUAUACUCAACUGUGAAAUGUCUAAGAAAUUACAGAAAGUCUGCAGUGAUUGUAACCUUGUCAUGUAACGAUGUUAUUUCAUUUGUUUUGUACAUAUUUUUAGAUUGCUGGAAUUUUGUUUCUGUCGUUCUUACAACUGAAGACAAGUCUUUACUUAUCUUUAAAAUGAAAUAAUUUAUC